GAGAAAGAGAGAGAAAGUCCUACUCAGAGAGUGAGAGGGGAAGGGGGGAAGUCCUACUCAGAGAGCGAGAGAGAGAGAGAGAGAGAGAGAGAGAGAGAGAGAGAGAGAGAUAUGAGAGAUAUGAGAGAGUUCGACCCAGACAGAGGUAGAAGCGGGAGCCCUGAGGACCUAAAAAGGGGCAGGACAAACUAGCCACGCGCCUCGCACACACAGACCCACCGGAGUACAGUCUAAUGUAGACAAGUCUACCACUUGUUGACAGGAGUCUGGCCCAUGCAGCUACCCACCUCUUCCUUAAUGGUAUCCUGUGUAAGGUCUGGGAGACCAAGCCAGCUCUCUGAACAGGGUGGACGUGGACGUGGACACUGCAUGGGCUUGGAGACCAAUGGAGCUCAGUCUCUCAUGACAACAACAUCUUGACUCCUCCUGAAUACUACAGCAUCACGUUCUACCGUACACUCCUUCAAUAGGGACUGGAGAGACAGAUCACCCAGACUUAGAGUUGAAGUAUCACCCCACACUGUAUAAACAACUAACUUCCCUUAACAUAGACAAUGUUAUCUCCUCUAAAAGCAACCUAAAUAAACCAACUGACAGCUGGAAUUGCAGAGGGAUCAGACUGAGCACUCUGCUGCCUGGGCCUCAGCUCAAAUGACAAUGUACGGAUAUAAAGGACUAAAACGUGACUCCCAGCAUUGACUCCUGGAUGGAUGAAUGAGAAUAAUAAAAGAGAAAGAAAGAAAAGAUAUAGCUGACGCAUCGGCCAGUGGCGUCUCUGAAACUCGUAACAGCUCUUAGGAGUGACCUUUUCUAGAGGGAAAUGUUGUUUCUCACUCCGUCCGAACCAAACGACAGGAAGCUUUGAAACACACGGCCACCCCGGUCACCCCCUCUUUGGCAUUGUUGAGUCUAAAGAGCUGCUCGCUUUCUCCACAAGAAAAAUAAUCUGUCAGGGAGAGAUUGCAAUACAGUCAACAGGCAUGUUUGGGUGGCUGGACUAAGAAAGGAAAGAGAGAAUGUUUGGAAGAAAGAGGGAGGAAGAGAAAAUAAUCGUCUGGGUUUUGGAGAAAAGUAAAGAUUUAGAGGGAGGGCAGACAGACACAAACAGAAAUAGAAAAGUUUGAUGGUUUCUCAGCCUUUCUCCUUUAGCUGGAGAUUUGAAGUCGAGCACAUCGUUAUUGUUAAAGCGUCUUGGCUGUGAUCCAUGGGAACUGAUCCAGCGUGCUGUGUGCCUGUGGAGCUCCCAGCCUGCUUUAGUCUCCUGGGACAUCCCUGAUACUGUUUCUGGUAGGUCCUGAGUACACUUCUCCCAUCCGUCACCCUCCCUCCUUGCUAGCUAGCUAGCUACCGGACUAAGGGACUAAAGGAAAACCUUAAGGAGGAAUACUGAAGAAAGUCUGGGGGUAAGAGGUGUCCAGCAGCAGGAGAAGCAACAUGGACAGCUAAGAUUCUCCUUAUCCCCACUGGUGAUUCACUUUGUUUUGCUCCACUCGCUCCAAAAGAGGACUGUCUGAACUUACUGUGAACGCUCCACAAACGGUGAUCCUCAAACUAACAUACAGACCAAACCGGGGGGGGGGGGGGCUGCAGUCGGUCUGGGUAGAAGAAGAGACAGAAACUGUGGAGCAAACCAGAGGAGAACAAGAGAGGAUCCAGAACUCCCCAGCAGAGCAACAAAACUCCCCCAGACCGAGGCACCUUCCUGGGGGUAGAGAUGGAGACGGAGAGGGGUCAUAUGUCCGUGAGGAGAGGGGUAAGCUGGAGCCCAGGUGGUGGGAGGAAGCCCCUUCAGAGGGUGCAUGGCGGGAACACGGACACCGGCAAAAGAGAGAGUGACGCAUCUUCGGAAAGGCGGGACUACAAAGCGAUCAAAGGACAGGUGACAUCAACCUCCACCAUUCAGCUGACUCGGAAAACCAACCUGACUCGUAGUGCCAGCCUAUCAGAGAAGGAGUUGAAGGAGGCGAGGGUGAGGUCACAGAUCAUCGCGGCCCAGCUGACCGUCCCGUCUGGCUGCUCCAACUCCCGCGGAGUCCAGCUCUUCAACCGCCGCAAGCAGAGGGUCGACGCCUUCACGCUAGAGAGCUGCGGGGAAAGAACGAGAGGAGUGGAGAGAGACGGAGACAACAGGAACAACAACCUGACAUGGGAAGGGGAGAGGGAGGGUCCUAGUGGAGGGACAGAGAUAGACAGACAACUGAACUGGAAGAAGGGCAGCGGGACAAAACCACCCUCUGGAAGUGAGGUCACAGGAAGUGACAUCAUGGAGGACCCAGGUGACGAGCACAUCUACGAGGAAGUGGACGUGAUACAAGAGAGACACUUCCAGCCGGUGAACGAGAGAGAAGAGGAGGAGGAAGAGAGGAGUGGAGCGAGAGAAAGAGAGGAGAUAUACGAGGAUAUUGAGGGUGAAGUGAAGGGUGAGACUAUAUUAGUAAAUGACAACAACACCGGUCCAGUCAGAGAGGAAGUGGGGAUGAAUAGGGGGUCAUACACAUACCCCACAGCUCCCCCUGAGACCCGUAAUGGCUUCCACAGCACCCAGGGCUCUGCUGGAGAGAUCCAAAAUGGCGGCCGAGUUUCUAUGUCCCUGUCCAGACAGACCCCCACCAUCGUCAACCGGACAGCCAGACCCUUCUUCUCCCCACCCACCGUACAGCUUAAGUCCCCAGAGGCCAGGAGUCCUGUCAUGGAUAACAAUAUACCUCCAGCUCCCUCCACUCCUCCCCCAGCCCCCUCCUACUCCACUCCCCCUCUCCCUGCUUUCACUGCCACUCGCCCUGUCACCUUCUCCCCUCCGUCUCGCCCUGUCACCUUCUCCCCUCCUCCACCUCUUUCCUCAUGCCCCAUGCCUCCUCGCCCAGCCUUCCCCAUCCAUCCUCCUCCUCCCUCCCAGUCUCUCUCCAGUCCUCCUCCCAAGUCUACCGUCAUGUUCCCGAGGUCUACACCCGUCCCCCAGUACAACACUGCUCCUACAGCUGACCCAGUGUCCCAGUAUCUACCCGCCAACCCUCUUGUCACCCAAUACAUCCCUCCUCCAACCUCCCCCAGACCCAACACCUUUGUCCCCUUCACCCCUCAGCCUAUUGGUCAACAGAACCAGCAGCAGCCAAUCAAAACGGGCAUUCUGGAGAAAGGGGCGGCGGCCAUCAGAAGAUCGUCAACAGCCAGGAAGUCCAUGUUCACCUUUAAGGAGAAGCCUGUCAUGGCACCCAACCCUGAACUCCUCUCUCUGGUCCAGGGGAACGACGAUAGGAAGAAGCACGGCUCCGUUCCCGACUCAGCCCCAGAGGAGGAGCUGCUGGCUCUGGGGGCCGAGGCCUCUAACUUCCUGGCCAGGGAGGAGGUGAAGGCGGAGGCUGCCAACGUGCCGGAGUGGUCCUCCUGUCUCAAGAGCUCCAGAACCAGGAAACCCAGGGGGCAGCACCAGCCAGAGCAGACCCUGACCAACGCAUCAGGGAAGGGGGCCGAGCUGUUCGCUAAGCGCCAGUCCAGGAUGGAGAAGUACGUAGUGGAGAAACAGAAUGUGUCCGGUGGUGGAGGUGGCCAGAUGAGGUCUCCAUCUCCCACCGCGUCUCUGCCGCCAUCUUGGAUCUAUCCAUCUAAUAUGCCUGGCCGGGUCAAAGCUAUCGCUAACAACACUGACCUCAGCGCCAGGCUGACACGGACCCUCCAGACCCCUCAGCCUGGGAACAGGAGGCCCAGCCAGCAGGCUUCAACCCCAGCCCCGGUCCUUGCAGAACCAUCCCUGGAGUACGGCUGCACCAAGAUAGAAAUGGACCUCUCCAGGCACCAGCCCUACCAGCUCAACUCUUCCCUGUUCAUCGUCAACCCAGUCCAGGACUCUACCAGCACCCUGCUGAGCGCUCUGCCCCGGGGGGCCCCUCCACCACCCAAACCCCUGAUCUCAUCUGAGGCCUUCUCCAGGCAGGCCUCCCUGCCCUCCUCCAACCCUCAGUCACACAACUACAACAGCCUGCGGCCUACCCUGUCCCCGUCACUCCAGCCCCCAUCAGGAGGAAUUAGAGGUGGGGAUAAUUAUCUUCCCCAACACGGGGGGACUCCACAGCUGAGGGACCCCAGGAUCACCUCUCCUGUCUCUGCCUUCUCUCCGGAGAGAGUGGCCUCUCCUCGGUCGAGCGUCCAGGCACCCAGACCCACCUUCUCUGCCAAGAGGGCAGGGAUCGAACCCCAGAUGAGGAAGGAGUCCCCUCCGACCCCCACCAGGACACCGCAGUUCACCCGUCGGUUCAGCAGCCCAGAGGGACCCCCCACUUCCAGGCCCCUCCACCAGGCGACAGCCACCUCCCCUGCCUCCCCACCCUGGGAGACGAGGUGCAAGUCACCCAUGGUGGUCAACCAAACCACCAAACCCUUCUCCACAGCCUCUUUAUCCAGGCCUAAACAAUCCACUACCACCUCACCUAUAUCGUCUGUAUCUCCCUGGGGGUCCCGCUGUCAAUCCCCUAACAUCAACCAGACAACCAAGCCUUUCUCCACCACCAUCUCCAACUCUUCCUCUUCCAGACCCUCUCACCAAGGCACCAUCACCUCUCCUCUCUCCCCCUCACCCCUAUCCCCUCCCUGGGGUUCCAGAUGCCAGUCUCCCAUCGUCAGCCCCAACAACUCCAAGGCAAACCAUCGCCUGUUAGCCAAGAACAUCAUCAACGCCGCCAAACGUAAAAACAGCCCGUCCCCAGGUGCUCUGAGCGGGCACAACCUCCCAAUCUCCCCACUAGGUGACAACACCACCCACCAGCACCACCAGGGCUACGACCACCAGCACCACUACAGCAGCUCCAAACCCCCCUUCAGCCCCUACCAGCCCAGGGCCAUGGGGUGCCAGUCUCCCCCCUUCGCCAGCCCUCCUCCCACCCCUACAGGGGUGAUCCGGUCCCCAGUAAGGCUCUACAACACCAGGUCCCUCACUGACUCGGAUGCUUCGGUGGAGUCGGAGGACUCUGGGCUGAGGUCUCCAGGACUGCAGCGUACCCACAACACCUGUCCCCGGGGCUGGGGCGGCAGCCUGAGGGUGAAGAGGGGUAGUGUUGGCACCGACCUAUAGGGGGAGCCGGGGAGAGAGGGUCAAGAGAACGGACCAUUGAGCUUACCCAAUAAGAGAAGAAGAAAACCCAGAGAGGACAUUGAUACGGGGACUGGUGGGUUUUGGGUCAUUUUUAAUUUCAUUGAUGUAUAGGAGCAUCUAAGAUGGUGGGCUCAGAGCUUGCCUCACAGGUGAGAUAUGGAAAGGACUUUGAAAGGAACUGAUCUUGUGUGUUUGUUGCUUUGGAGCAUCCAGGAGUAAGGGAAAAUAAUGGUGACCACACAGUAAAGAACCUGAUGCCCUUACAACGCAGCUGGGACAUAGAAGCAACCUGUCUGGUGAUUCUAAAGUCAACUAAAACCCACUGAUUUGGCUGGCUGGCUGGCUAUAGAGUCCAGAACCAUCAAGCUCAGAGCUCGCUCAACAGUGGGAUUACUGAGAGGAGAUUGAAGGGACAAUUCACUGUUGCCUCUGCCUCUCAUUCUUACGUGUUAUAAAAAUACUUUAUACAUUUAUUUCACAAAAAAAAGGAAAUUUAAGUAAUUCUAAAAUCCAAAGCGACCUGUCUACAAUUUUAUAUUUGGACCUUGUCUUUGAAAAAACUAAAUGUAUUUUAUUCAGGAAUUGCUGAAAUGUAAAACUAGCUUACUUGCAUUUGACUACGACAAAAGUUCCAUGAAAAAUACAAUUAUUACAGUAGCUUACAUAUGUUUACUCUAAAUAAUAGUUUAUUCUAAUUUGUACCCCCCCAUAAACAUUUUAAGGGCUAGAAGAAAAAUACCAAAGAUAAUAUCUGGAAUGAUGCAGUGUUUUCAAAACAGUGUUACACUUUUCAUCCCCCACAUAAGACAUUAAUAAUGUGAUGUCGUAGAUAGGCCCUUUGCAGUUAUUCCAUAUAUUUAUGUGUGUGUUUUAAUAUUGCUGGGUAUACAUUGGAGUAGAAAGGAAUGCAGUUAAACCACAUGAUGUUUGCAGAUCUGACACAGGUCAAACUGGGGAGAGAGAGAGAGAGAGAGAGAGAGAGAGAGAGAGAGAGAGAGAGAGAGAGAGAGAGAGAGAGAGAGAGAGAGAGAGAG